AUGUCUACGUCUACUAUCGUCGUUCCGAAUGGCUUUGCCUGGGUUGCUGCUUCUCUCCUCUCGACUACCGCUCUUCUCAUCUGGCAAUCUCAAAUGGUGGCAAGAUGGAGGGCUAUAGCAGAGAUCAAAUUUCUUCAGACGUAUGCGGAUGCUGCCGCUCAGUCGAAGUCCAAGGAUGCCUUGAUAUUCAACUGUACUCAGAGUCCGAAAGGAAGCGUCCCGGAUUUGGACGCUUCGAAGCGUUUUCACCGCCUUCUCCUCCUCAGUCCUCUUUUCUCUUCUCCUUCGUCGUCCGUCGCGCUCAGCGCACCCUCUCGCGUGGGCUUCUUGUCCAUGGCCUCUCCUUAUGCCUUUGUUACUCUUCUGACGUCCGACUCGUAUCUCCCCGGCGCACUCACUCUCGCGGCUGCUUUGAAGGACGUACAUCCGUCUCCACCUUCUUCCCCAGAGGUUGCCUUUCAGACUGUUUGCUUGGUCACGCCGGAGACGCUUGACGUCGCAAGUGUAAAGCUCUUGAGAAGGGCGUACGAUCUGGUGGUUGGGGUGGAGAUUAUUGAGGAAGAUAAUGCGCGGGGGUUACAAUUGUUAGGCCGCCCGGAUCUCCAUUCCGUUCUCACAAAGUUACACGUAUUCCGCCUCACUCAAUUCGGCAAGAUCAUAUUCCUCGACGCAGACAUUCUGCCGACUCGCCCGCUCUCUCAUCUUUUCACUUUGCCACAUGAGUUCUCUGCUGUUCCGGAUGUUGGUUGGCCAGAUAUCUUCAACUCUGGACUGAUGGUGUUGUCUCCCGGGGAAGAUAAAUUCAAUGCGCUCAUGGAUAUAUCGAGGUCCAAGGGAAGCUGGGAUGGAGGCGACCAGGGACUCCUGAACGAGUGGCGAGGGGAUGAUUGGAACAGAUUAAGCUUCACGUAUAACACAACACCUACCGCCGCAUACACUUACGCCCCUGCAUAUACCCGUUUUGGCUCGAAGAUAUCCGCUAUUCAUUUUAUUGGCUCCAAUAAGCCCUGGAAUUCUAUUCCCUGGCGCGCGCCCGGUAGCACGAAUACGCAACAAAACACCUCUGAGCCUCUCCAGGCUUACGAUUAUGGAUCCCUUGUUGAUCGUUGGUACGCCGUCUACGACAAGUAUUACCGUUCGACGCCCGCCACCGUCCCCGCCCUACUUUCGGAAUAUGCCUCUAGCCGCUAUGAAUCCGCUUGGGACCAACCUGCUAGCCUUGGUGCCGAGGCAUUGCCUUCUCCGACAGCCACAACACCCGGUCCUGCAACAUUAGGUCUCGAAGCCUUACGGAAAAUCGCCAUUGAGGGUUUCAGCAAUCCGGUCGGUGUGGAACAACCGAUGCCGGGCGAAGGCGCGUACAUUCGCAUGCCGCUCGAAGGCCGAAUCGAUCUCAUGCGGCGACGUCGAGAGCCGCAAAAUGCCUCAGAGCACCAUGGGUCUUCUGUGAAGGGAUCCGGUGAGUCUUCGAGCGCAGGCUCGCAGCAUUUUGAGGGUGGGCAGGAUCAAUCUACCCCAAGGUCGUCCGCACCGCCUUUGGGAGGACAGCCACCGACACCAGGACCAGAUGAUGUACCACCCGCCCCUCAGCAUCAUCCACUCGUUCUGCCUCGCUCGGACUCGUUCGAUCCUGCCCAGUAUCAUGAACAACACCAUCCAUCCCAAGCCCCUGGUAACAGUCACACAUCUACACCACCCUCCGGACCUCGACGCGGUAUUCCCCCGCGUUCUGCAUCACCUCCAAUGAUGUCUUGGAACGCCGCGAUUGAGCCUCCUCCGAAUACAACACCCACUUCCAACUUCCCUAAGGAUACCUAUUUUCCAAACGUGUGGGAUAAUUCGGAUAACACGAGCCCCAGUCCAGGUCGUAAUGACGAGCAGCCAUCACCACCAUCUUCCAGCGUUCUCUUCGCUCCCCCGGCCCCAACCCAUAUUCCCGAACGCUUGAUUAGAGAGGGGCAUUACACGAACGUUUUUGGUGGCAAGGCCGAAGCGGCUCCUAUGCCUGAUCCCGCGAAGGUCAAGAGCAUAUUUCCAUGGGAGGAGAAGCCGCGUCAGAUGCCCGCCAGAGUCUUCCCCGCGAGCGACGCCCCGCCUCCGGGCCUCUUCGUAGCACCUCCCAGUGCCUCCCCAUCUCCAUCCUCCAGCUCCCAGACUUUGCCUUCACCGCCUCAACGGCAACAACAUGCUUUGAUCUCACCGCCUGUGGGAUUGCAGACGGGUAUCGUAUUCAAGAACGCGUGGGACACGGUUCCCAGUAUUCAGAAGUACGCUUCGAAGCUCGUUCGCUCACCUCACAAUGGGACCCUCGCGCCUGCGUUCGACCUUGCAGAAUCUCGGAAGAACGAAGAUCGCUUGUUCAACACUUUGCAGGAUUCGGACGACCCCAGCAUGGACGGCGAUGACGAAGACACCAGUGACGAAAGCGACCUUGAGAACGAACACAGAGACGAAUCCGGAAGGCGUCGUACCAAGUCCACUUCAAGCUCUCAUUCACGCGGAGCUAGAAGCAAGAGAAAGGAAUAUUCUUCGACGAGUGUGCAGACGACCCCGAAGGAGACCAGAGACCAAGGUGUUCAGGUUAAUCUCCUCCCUUUGCCCACCGACGCUGACCGCAUCGGAAAAGACAAGGACCUACGAUCUCCGGAAUCGAAACCUCGCAGCAGCGGCUCGACGACCCCGAACGAGCAUACGGCCAGGCGCGAGUGGCCCCGGGUCAGGACGUCAAGCAAUUCCUCGUUCGGUGGUUCCACGGCUUUCUCUCCCAGCCAGUUAAGCGCUGAGACAUUGUCACCUCUGGGAUCCCCCACAGUAGGGCUGCGUAGCCCGCGGAUGUUCCCCUCUCCUCGCGGUACCACACUCAGUCUCGGUGGCGUGCCUGAGACUUCGCGGCAGCCUUCCACAAUCCGCCCGAGCGCGGCUGCACGGCGGUUCUCGAGCGAUACGACUUCGUUGUCGUCUCCGGCUAGCACCGCGCCUCCUGGUUCUCCUCCGGAUGGGCAUUCGAUUGGUCCUGGCUUCAUGACUACCCCGGUCAAGAAGCCUGCGGGUCGCGUAUGGGACCCCGCUCGCGGUGUUGAUGUAUUCAAGAAGGGUUCGGAGGAGGUCUUGGCCAGGUUUUUGAGGGGAGGUAACCCGACUUGAGCGGCUUGGGCUCGUCGCUGUAACAUGAAGGCUCAGGCAGCGAUAUAUGGACUAUGGAGUAUAAAUACCCCCAUCUCUUUCUUUGAAGUUUCCUGUUCCGCCUUAUUUUGUUUCGGUUUGACGCAUAACAUUCAUUCACCGGUAUUCAUGAUUUAGCCCUGCCACACGCCAAGUUUCCUUGCCCGUUGCCAUUAUUUCCUUUGCACUCGCGUUAUUGUUCAUAUGCAUGUCGCUGAUUAUUGCACUCCUCUCUUUCGUCGUUUUCGAUUUUCUUUGCCCACGUUCCUCUUUUUUGUUGCCGCUCUGUACAUAUGCAAGUCCCCCCUUCCUUCUCGUCAUGAUCAUCGUAGAUCUUCACUCUCUCUCCGACAAUGUCAUUACUUCUCUCUCUCUCUCUCUCUCUGGAUUUCUCUUAGCCGCAGUCUGUGUGGCUCUGUUCGUCUACCUUCCUCUCAUACCUCUCAUAUCUUCCAUACUACCUCUCGUACGUACCCUUGUCUACCGGAAGCGUGCUGCUGCC